CGCCUCACGUUCGGUAAUGGCGUCCCGCAUGGAGCUGUUGCUGCCGUGGUGCCGGCUGCGCUUCCCCGUGUCGGGGAUAAGCCAGACGCGCCGCGCUCCGGGGAGGCCGCGCCUCAGCCAGGUCCGGCUCAGCUCCACCAAAGCUGCCGCGCAGAGGGCCCCUGGCCGAGAGGAGGCAGAUUCUAAAGUUGGUACCCGAAAGAAGACAUUUCCUGAGGUGCAAGCAGAAAGGCUAGAGCAAGCGCAGCGGACUGUUUUAAUUAACUGCCCAGCCAAGAUCAGUGAGAAAAAAUUUCUCACAUAUUUGUCCCAUCACGGAAAAAUUAACAGUCACUACUUUUAUGAAAGCUAUGGUACCUACGCCGUGGUCGAAUUUUCUGAAAAAGACAGCAUAGCUUCACUACAGGAUGUUACCCGAACCCCAGGCAUUGAAGAGGAAUGUGCUGUUCCAUUUAAAUCUAGACUUUUUACUUUAACAUUGAAAAACCCAUCAACUCAAGCUGCUAAUCAGGCGCCAGUUCACUGUCUUAAACAAUCCACCAUUCUAGUCAAUGAUCUUGUUCAGAAGCUUUGUAGUGCUGACAGUGUAAGUAAUCAGUUGUACACUCUAAUGGAUGAAUAUCAGCUAACAGAGGAGAACACUAAGCUCCGGUUUCUAGCCUGUUCUCUGAUUCAGGACAUUGCAAGUGCAUAUUUCCCAGCGUGCACAGUGAAGCCAUUUGGCUCCUCAGUGAACACCUUUGGCAAAUUAGGAUGUGAUUUAGACAUGUUUUUGGACCUGGAUAAAAUUGGGAGGAGCCCUACAAGAGCGAAAACAGGUCCCUUUUAUAUGGAAUAUCAGAUGAAGAGAGUACCUUCUGAAAGAAUAGCAUCGCAGAGAAUCCUCUCUGUGAUUGGUGAUUGCAUUGACAACUUUGGCCCUGGCUGUGUGGGUGUGCAAAAGAUACUCAAUGCUCGCUGUCCAUUGGUGAGAUUUUCCCAUCAACCAGCGGGGUUCCAGUGUGACCUGACAACUAACAAUAGAGUUGCCAUGAGAAGUUCAGAACUCCUUUAUAUAUAUGGUAGCCUUGACUCACGUGUAAGAGCUCUUGUGUUCAGUGUGCGGUGCUGGGCCCGUGUACAUGGCAUCACAAGUACCAUUCCCGGUCCCUGGAUUACGAACUUCUCUCUAACAAUGAUGGCCUUGUUUUUCCUUCAAAAGAGAACACCACCUAUCAUUCCAACACUAGACCAACUUAAAGAUCUAGCAGAUGCAGAAGAUAAGCAUAUAAUCGAAGGUCAUGACUGUACCUUUGCUAGCAAUUUGAACAAAAUUAAGCCUACAGAAAAUACAGAAACGUUGGAUGUGCUGCUGAGUGACUUCUUUGAAUAUUUUGGGAAUUUUGCUUUCAAUAAGAACUCUAUAAAUAUUCGAAAGGGAAAGGAGCAAAAUAAGCCUGAGCCUUCUCCUCUCUACAUCCAGAACCCCUUUGAACAGGCCCUCAAUAUCAGCAAGAAUGUUAAUGAAAGCCAGCUGGAUAGAUUUGUAGCUUUGGCCAGAGAGUGUGCCUGGAUUUUACAGCAGGAAGAUACAGGUCAUUCUUCAUUGAGUAAUAGCCAGCCUUGGGGACUGGCAGCCCUACUGCUACCAUCUGUAGCCAGUAACUGUAUAAAGGGCAAGAAGAGGAAGAGGGGACCGGCAAGUGAACGAAUCAAAAGCCUGUUGGACUCUUUGAAGAUUAAUAAUGCAAACAGUUUGGUGAACAAUGGUGGGAAAAGGACCUUUAGCAAUCAAACACAGUAGCUGCUACUCUGUUGUGAGAAUUGCUUGUGGUAAUAAUUGGAAGAACAUUACUUGAACUUAGUUUCUACUUGAGGUGAGAUGGAGAAAAUUACCUCCUACUUCCACUGUCCUAAACCUUGUGCAGGACUAUUUAGUUUCUCUGGGCAUUAUCUCCUCUAAAGCCCUCCUCACUCUUCCACCUGACCUAUGGAUGAAGACCAUCCAGACAUCAGCUUUCAUAUAUACCUUCUCAGAAGCAGCCUUAAGCUGGGUACAGUUCAAAAAGCAAAACAGAUUGGACCUGGGGAAAGGGCUUCCAGAAUCCUGUCAGCUAAUGGAUAAACAGUGCUAAGCAAAGGAAGUGUCAGAAGCAACUUCUUUCCAAUGAAAUCAUGGCUAGCGCAAACCCCCACCACCACAUCAAUGCACUAGAAACUAUUUUAAAUCAAAGUACUUAUAUGCCUUUUGUUACAGUUUUCCACACAUGUAAAUGGUGCAAGAUAUAAUAAAGCGACUGGAACU